AUGUUAUUACUAUCUUACUGCAGGAGUCAGCCAGAUCCCUUCUAGAGCAAUUCUAGAAGUGAAUCUAUUGAAGUCAUGAACAGGAGGCUUAGACAAAGGCUUAACUCGAUUCUGUUAAACAGUAGACGUCACGAGAGAACAAAGAGGCAAUGAUGAACCAACCCGCCUAACCUAGGAGCUAAAGAAAGUUAAAAAUUGGCCACGCCCGCCACCUCCCAGUUGUUGAACUGCCGCACUAUCGUGUGUAGUAGUUUGCCAAGAUUUGCUUGGCACCGCAGUUUGGAUCAUACGUGCCCAAAAGAGAACUAUCAAGAGUCAUACCUACAUCAACCGUGCAUCAAUCUAGUUACAUAUAUUCCAAGUUUUCGCCUUUUUCUUGGUUAUUUCCGAUUUCAUCUAGAUCCUCCAUCAUCGGCAUCUCGCUAAAUCCCUAGCUAAAUCCAAACAUUGCUGUACCUCAAUAUCCUACCGGAAAGCUUUGACCUCAUUGCUUAACUAAUUGUUUACAAUUGAUACUAUCGAUACCCAUAACAAACGCGACUCUCAUGAAGACUUCACAUUUCCUCUUCGGCCUAGUCGCCCUCGGCCAAGGCAUCAACGCCGCAGCCAUUCAUAGUGUUGAAGAUGUCGCGUUAGAUGUAGCGACACCGGAUAUUCCGAUAGAACAACGGGAUCCGGAGACGUUUGCGCAGAGUGAAGACCUGUGGAAGCGCAAAGGCGGUGGAGGAGGUGGUGGUAGAGGCGGCAGUGGCGGCUCUAGCGGUGGCUCUAGCGGUGGCUCUUCAGGUGGUUCUUCAGGUGGUUCUUCAGGUUCGUCCGGCGGUCGCGGUGGUUCAGGUUCCUCAGGUAGCUCCGGAGGCUCUUCUUCUAGCGGCGUCCGACCUAGUUACGGAGGCGGGUCUUACUAUGGCGGUGGUGCAAAACAGCCGUAUGCGUCCGGCGUCAGAAGCCCCUCAGGCAUCUUGCCCUUCGUCCUCGGCGGCGCCGCGAUCGGGACCCUUGGCUUCGUAGGCCUGAGCUUGGCCUACAACGCAUACGCGUAUCCCUACGCGAACCGUUACUAUUACCACAACAGCACGACCAACCAGAACGAAACCAAGCCUGUUACGUGCAUAUGCGACUACUACGGCGUAUGCGGCUGCGACGACAAUGGCAACCAGACGUAUUUCAACUCGGUUAUCGGAGACGGCAGCUAUCAAAACCUGAACAAAUCGCUUGUUACGGUAGCUGAGAACGAAACUACGCACGAGAAAACCAUCUACAUCCUCGGCACUUUGCCCAAUGGCACAACCGAUGGCACCGAGGAUGCGGGCGCCGGCUUGCAAACACUAGCUCGCGCCGUAGGCUGGUGGCCAGUCGUGACGACGGCAAUUGCCAUCGUAUGCCUUUCGUAAUGACGAAGGUUUUGUUUUGAUUUAUAGCCUACGCUUUUUGUAUAUAUGACUUCGUACGUUCUUUCACGCAUGACCGCCAUGAGAUAAGAUUUGCGGCAACGCCUCGAAAUCAAUGGUUGAUAUCCCUAUAGGCGUUCUGGUUUUGUCUAGAAAGAGAGGGUCGGUUGGGGGUGGGUCGGGGUAAAGUUUAUGACCAUAUGGCUACUGCAUGAUGUGAGGCAGUAGGAAGUAGCCUUGUGGAUCUACGAGCUAUGCUAACCGCAGACAUGAAGUUAGAGGUUUUCUCCUAGACAAACAACAAUAACAUUUUACUUACCUAAUAUGACCAUGU